UAUUCAUAAAUCAAAAUCCAUUAAACAAACAAUUCCAAAUAAUUUCUUUCUUAGAACCCUAAGCCACGGUUUCAUCCUCGACGGAGGAUAGAGAGAGAGAGAGAGAGAGAGAGAGAGAGUGGGGGAGAGGAUGGUGGAGACGAAGAGCAUUCCGAUCCUCCUCCUGGGCUGCGGCGGCGUCGGCCGCCACCUCCUCCGCCACAUCCUCUCGUGCCGAUCACUCCACUCCCAAAUGGGUUUGGUCCUGCGAGUCGUCGGCGUCGCCGAUAGCCGCUCCCUGCUGGCCGUGAGCGACGCCGCGGCGGCGGCGGCGGCGGCGACGGCGUCCAUGGACGACGCCUUCUUGGCCGAGCUGUGCCGCUCAAAGUCCUCCGGAUCGCCUCUCUCCUCCCUUGUUCGUCUAGGAGGGUGCCAACUAUUUACGGAUUCUGAAGCCAAGGGAAAGAUCAUUGAUGUUGCUCGCCUUCUCAGCACAUCCACGGGUUUGGCAGUAGUUGAUUGUUCUGCCAGUUCAGAGAUCGUUGAUACACUAAAAGAGGUUAUGAGUCUUGGUUGUUGUGUUGUACUAGCGAACAAGAAGCCACUUACAUGUGCAAUUGAAGAUUUUGAAAAGCUAGUCUUUCAUUUCCGGCGCAUUCGGUUCGAAUCAACUGUCGGAGCCGGUCUUCCAGUAAUAGCUUCUGUAACCCGUAUUAUUGCAUCAGGAGACCCCAUUAGUCGUAUUAUGGGGAGUUUGAGUGGUACACUUGGUUAUGUCAUGAGCGAAUUAGAGGAUGGAAAGCCAUUCAGCCAAGUUGUUAAAGCAGCUAAAUCUCUUGGAUUUACAGAACCAGAUCCACGCGAUGACCUCAGUGGGAUGGAUGUUGCUAGAAAGGGAUUAAUCCUUGCUAGACUUCUUGGUUGGAAGAUGAGCCUGAAUGAUAUAAAGGUCGAGAGUUUGUACCCUAGUGAAUUUGGACCAGGUUCAAUGACCACAGAGGUCUUUCUAGGAAGUGCCAUUUCACAGCUUGAUAAAAGUAUCGAGGAACGUGUUACAGCUGCCUCUUCAAAAGGAAAUGUUCUUCGCUAUGUUUGCGUUAUUGAGAACUCAAGGUGUCAGGUAGGUCUCCAAGAGAUUCCGAAAGAUUCUCCACUGGGGAGAUUAAGAGGAAGUGACAAUGUGGUGGAGAUAUGCAGUCACUGUUACGCCAACUCGCCUCUGGUGAUUCAGGGUGCAGGAGCCGGUAAUGACACUACUGCUGCGGGAGUCCUUGCAGAUAUAAUCGACCUGCAAGAUCUUUUCAAGUAAAAUCUUCCGACUCGCAAGGAUAUGUAGGGCAGCAGAUGCAACAAAAAGCAAUGGACGGUGGCAAUCGCAUAGUUGGUUAGGUUAUCGGAUAGUGGGUCUCAGGUGUCGGAUGUUACCUUUGACAUCUGGAGCGCCGAUGAGAGAGGCGAAGAGAUCAAUCAAGGAUUUCUCGGAAAAGAGACUUGCGGAGGAUUGCUUUAUUUUGAUAUCGAGAUUACUUGCGCAGUUCCAGCAUUAAGUUACAGGUUUUCUAGUUCUGAUCAGAAGUUUGGACAAGUGUUUUCACUAAAAUGUUGCAAAUGUUGAGUAAAGUUCAGAAAUCCACUUCAUGUUUUCGUCAUGUGUGGCACCUCAAUAUCCUUUUUUAAGGAUAUGUUACAGCUAUCCUUUUUUAAGGACUUGUUCUUAUAUAGAAAACUAAAUAAAUGGCUGUGCUACACUUGUCUAAGCACAUGAUUGUAAAGUGCAAUAGAGCCGACCAUAGAGUGGCUUUUUGAAAUUUUUGCUAAUUAUUUUUAUUUAUCUUUUCAUUUUUUUAA